CCAUAGUGGACGCCGUAGAAGGCGUCACGCACGUCCUAUACGCACGAUGAAGUACCACGACCGCGACCCGCAGUUCUACUGGUUCAUCGACGCUUUGGGGCUGAGGAAACCUUACAUCUGGGAGUACAGCCGAUUGAGUAUGACCAACACGGUGCUGUCAAAAAGAAAGCUGACGUGGUUCGUGGAACAAGGGCUCGUCGAUGGAUGGGACGACCCCCGCAUGCCGACAGUGCGAGGGGUGCUCCGCCGCGGGAUGACGGUGGAGGGGCUGCGGCAGUUCAUCAAGGCGCAGGGCUCCAGCCGGUCCGUCGUCUUCAUGGAGUGGGACAAGAUCUGGGCCAUUAACAAGAAGGUCAUUGACCCCAUCGCCCCGCGCUACACCGCGCUGGAAGCUAAUCCGGUGCCCGUAAACCUAAAAGGCGUAAGGGCCGACUCCACCCUGACCGUGCCGCUGCACCCUAAGAACGCGGACGUAGGGUCCAAACUCGUGUGGAUCUCGAAAAGGCUACUGAUCGACGAGGUCGACGCGAGGACGUUGAAGGAGGGCGAGAAUGCAACGUUCAUUAAUUAUGGGAAUGUUAUGAUUGAUAAGAUUCACAAAUCCCCCGACGGCACAGUAACAAGCAUCGACGCAACACCCAACCUCGAAAACAAAGAUUACAAGAAAACCCUCAAACUAACCUGGCUGGCCGACACCCCCCAAUCUCCCCCCCUCGAAGUCUACUGCGUGUACUUCGACCAUAUCAUAUCCAAGGCUGUGCUGGGAAAAGAUGAAGAUUUCAAGCAGUAUAUCGGGCAUCAGACUAGGUGGGAAGUCCCCAUGAUCGGCGAGCCGGAGCUGUCCAAGCUGCAAGUCGGCGCCGUGAUCCAGCUGCAGCGGCGCGGCUUCUUCCGCGUGGACGCCGCGCCCGCGCCGCCCUCCGCGCACACGCAGCGCGCGGCGCCGCUCGUGCUGCUGCACGUGCCCGACGGACACACCAAGGACAUGCCCGGACAGCCUAAACCAGUGCAAUCAACGCAAGUCAAGGAACCCGCCGCAAACGACUCUGCCAAGUUGAGUGACGAGGUUGCCAAGCAGGGUGAUCUCGUGCGGUCACUGAAGGCUGCCAAGGCUGAUAAGGCCAAGGUUGACGCGGCUGUGAAGACGCUGCUUGACCUUAAGGCCAAGUACAAGGCAGCUACUGGUCAGGACUGGAAGCCGGGCGCUGCUCCUACCGCGGCCCCUGCUGCGUCAGGUGACUCCUCCAAGUUGAGCGACGAGGUUUCCAAGCAGGGCGACCUUGUGCGCUCUCUCAAGGCCGCCAAGGCUGAGAAAGCCAAGGUUGACGAGGCGGUCAAGACCCUGCUCGACCUUAAGGCCAAGUACAAAGCUGCAACCGGACAGGAAUGGAAGCCCGGCACACCCGCUCCUGCCCCCGCCCCGGCAGCAUCAGGCGACGCGGCCAAGUUAAGCGACGACGUUGGCAAGCAGGGCGACCUCGUGCGCUCUCUCAAGGCCGCCAAGGCUGACAAGGCCAAGGUUGAUGAGGCGGUCAAGACCCUGCUAGACCUUAAGGCCAAGUACAAGGCAGCUACUGGUCAGGAAUGGAAGCCAGGCGCGGCACCAGCGGCAGCGGCCGCACCAUCGAACGAUGCUGCUACAUUGAGUGAUGACGUCGCCAAGCAGGGUGACCUUGUGCGAUCGCUAAAGGCCGCCAAGGCAGAGAAGGCCAAGGUCGACGAGGCUGUAAAGACUCUGCUUGACCUUAAGGCCAAGUACAAGGCUGCUACUGGACAGGACUGGAAGCCCGGAGCAGCCCCUGCCCCAGUCAAAACCGAAGUCCCAUCCCCAGGGUCAGGGUCAGAAGUAGCAACAGUUCUCCAGCGGAUAGCUACGCAGGGAGAUAAGAUACGCAAGCUCAAGGUAGAAAAAACUGAGAAGAGCGUCAUUGACACUGAGGUGAAAAACUUUCUGAACCUGAAGGAACAAUAUAAGUCCAUAACCGGCACCGCGUGGACUCCUAACGCCGCCCCGCCUGCCGCAUCCCCCGCACCCAAAACUGAGGCAAGUGCCACAAUGAAUGGGGACGAGAAAGCCGCCUCACUCGCGGCCGAAGUCGCGAAGCAGGGCGACGUUGUGCGAGACCUCAAAACUAAGAAGGCUGAUAAGGCCACGAUAGACGCAGAAGUAAAGAAACUUCUAGACCUAAAAGCCAGGUACCAGGCCGAGACGGGAGCGGCGUACGUCGCGCCCGCUGCGCCGCGCGAAUCUAAACCUAAAGAGAAGAAGGAAAACAAGCCAAAGGAGAAGAAAGAAAAGCCUAAAGAACAGUCACCAAAGCCCGCCAAAGAGGACUCCGCGAGUGGCGUAAAAAAAGUGACUCGGCUGGGACUCGAAGCCAGCAAGGACACCGAUCUGUCCGAAUGGUAUUCACAGGUCAUCACCAAAUCGGAAAUGAUCGAGUACUACGACAUCUCCGGGUGCUACAUCUUCCGGCCGUGGUCAUACAGCAUCUGGGAAGUCAUACGCGAAUUCCUCUCCACCAACUUCAAGAAGCUCGGCGUCAAGGAUUGCUACUUUCCCAUCUUCGUAUCCAAGGCGGCCCUUGAGCGCGAGAAGACCCACAUAGCCGACUUCGCCCCAGAAGUCGCAUGGGUCACCCACUCGGGGUCGUCAGAACUGGCCGAGCACAUAGCGGUCCGUCCUACGUCGGAGACCGUCAUGUACCCAGCCUACGCCAAGUGGCUUCAGACUUACAGAGACUUGCCGAUCAAGCUUAACCAGUGGAACAAUGUUGUGCGUUGGGAGUUCAAGCAGCCGCAGCCGUUCCUGCGCACCCGCGAGUUCCUCUGGCAGGAGGGCCACACCGCGUACCGCACCGCCGAAGAGGCGGGCGAGGAAGUGCUUAAAAUACUAGAUCUGUACGCGCGCGUGUACGAAGAGUUUCUAGCCAUCCCUGUCAUCAAGGGGCGGAAGACAGAGAAGGAAAAGUUCGCGGGUGGAGACUACACCACCACGGUAGAGGCUUAUGUGCCCGCUAGCGGCCGUGGAAUUCAGGGCGCGACGAGCCACCACCUGGGCCAGAACUUCUCAAAAAUGUUCGAAAUCGUAUACGACGACCCGGACACGCAGGAGAAGAAAUACGUCUUCCAGAACUCUUGGGGUCUCACCACCAGGACUAUUGGUGUAAUGAUCUUGGUCCACGGUGACGACCGCGGUCUGGUGUUGCCUCCCCGUGUAGCCGACAUUCAAGUAAUCGUGGUGCCUUGUGGCAUCACAGCCAGCACCAGUAACGAGGAUCGUCAGAAGCUGAUGGACGAGUGCAGCAAACUGGUUGGAGAGCUGGUGGCCGCUGGCAUCAAGUCUGAGGGAGAUUUCAGGGAUAACUAUUCGCCUGGAUGGAAAUUCAACCAUUGGGAGCUUAAGGGUGUUCCAGUCCGCGUGGAGCUAGGGCCCAAAGACCUGGCGAAGGGCGAGCUGGUAGCGGUCCGAAGACUCACGGGAGAGAAGCUCACGUUCAAACGAGGCACAGCUCCUAAGGAUCUGACCGAUCUGCUCGAGAGGACGCAUCAUGAGAUGUUCGCCAAGGCAACUAAAGAGCGCGAUGAGCGGCUAUCGUCGGUGACCAAGUGGGAAGACUUCACGGCGGCGCUGGAGAGGAAGCAUAUCCUGCUCGCGCCCUUCUGCGGGGAAACACCGUGCGAGGAUAAUAUAAAGAACGACAGCGCUAGGACGGAUGACGACUCGACCACGGACGUGAAGGCCCCGGCCAUGGGCGCCAAGUCGCUCUGCAUCCCCUUCCAGCAGCCGCGCGCGCUCACCGCGGCCGACCGCUGCAUACACCCGGCGUGCAAUAACAAGCCUAAGAUGAUCACGCUCUUCGGACGUAGCUACUAACCCGUGAUUAAGUUCAAGUUUUAUAUUCAGUGAAUAAAUUAUUGACAAUAUUA